AUGAACCGCGAAGCAUCGCAGCAGGCUGUUGUUGCCGGGGCAGGAAAGAGAGGAUUGAGAUUUGGCUCUGCUGGUGCGGACAUUCCGAAAGGGCAGCUUUCCUCCGUGAGUGCUUCCGCCGGUGCUGCUGUGACCGCAUCCACCUCGCCGGCUGAUUCGCGCUCCAACUCGGAGAGAGGCAGCCCCGACCCUCUGCUGCCGCCGCCUCGAGAAUUGGACGGUGGUGUAUCAGCAACUGCUGUGCAGGCCGGGAACGCCUCCGCCAGCGAGCUUGACCCGAGCCACGGCAACAACAUGAACGACGUGAGCAACAGCAACACGAGCGGCGCCGCCGAGGAGGGCGAGGAGUCGUUCGACAUGCUUGCGGGCAUGCCGCCCACCCCGGGCGGCGGCCUGGUAGCACCUCCGACCGCAGGCGACGAAAGCUUCGCGGACAUUCUGGGGGCCGAGGACCCCUCCCCCAACACGCCUGCCGCGGUGGCGUGGCAAGGAGUUCGCCGUUCGCCUCGCCUCGCCUCCCAGGCUGCCGCUGCUGGCAGCGCGGGCGCCGGGGGCAGAGCUAUCAAUGGGGUGAAGGGUCAUCGGGUUGGGUUGGCGGCGGGAGGCGGGGCGGGCACCGGUGGCCUCACCCCGUACAGCGGCCGGCGCGGUGGCGGGCCGAGGCAGGCGUUUCCGGAGCGGGCGUUCACGCCCGGGACCGCGCGCGGGGACGGGGACGACGCAAACGCCUCCUUCUGCACCGCUAUCAUGGGCUCUGUCGAUGGCAGCAGUGUCGGUGAUCCCGGGAGCGCAAUGAGGGGCGUUAACCUGUUCUCGGGAGCGAACGUAGACGACAGCAUGGCGGGCGACUCCGACUCGACAUCUCCGGUAGACGCGGGGGGUAAGGCGGGCGACCUGUCGAUGACGCCGAGCUUUGACUUGAACUUGUCUUCCGUGGAGGAGCGCGUGGCGGGCUUGGAGCUUGGCGGGGAUGCUACGACGGCGUCCCCGCCUGGUGCGAACGCCUCUGGUGUGGACGACGGCAAUGCGGAUGGGGUCACCCCCACGGGAGGGGAUGCCACUGACGCUGAUCUCGCCGUUGGGGAAUCGACGUCUUCGCCUAUUGCCGACGAAGGGACCGCUCCCGCUUGCACGGCCGCUCCAGCGCAGAAGCAGUGUCUAGAGCCUCCGUCCCCCGCUGUGGCUCCGCGAUCGUCGGCCGCCCCUGCUGACGGUUCCCCCGCCGCCGCUGCCACCGCCUCCGGCAAGAGGGCCUCGUUUCCCCCGAAAGACACGGCGGCGGCGGAGGCGGAGGCGGCGCCGUCUGCGGAGGUGUCGCCGUACGGGGCGCGGGGUAAGCUAGGCGGCGGCCUGUCUACGAGCUCGACUUUCGGGGCGAGCAGCGACGACCGGGACGACGACUUCAUGGCCACGGAGUUCGCCACCGAUGCCGGCGUGGGGGCGCCCGUGGCGGAGAUUACGCUGUCGACGCUUCCCAAGGGCGGUGUCGAUGGCGCCGCCGCCCCCGGCGCUAGCGGCGGCGCCGGAGGUAGCGUUGACGCUGAGAGCAGCGUCAUCCUGGACGAGAUGCUGGUGGCCGCUACCGGUGGCGGUUUCGGUUGCGCCAGCAGGGCGGGGAUGAAUGCCCCCACCCCGGGCGCAGGAGCGGGCCCUGCGACUGCUGCUGCCGACAACGGUAAGGGCGGUGCGGCGGUGGUGGUUUUCGCCGUGGAGAAGGAGGCCAUGGCGCUGGCGGCGGCGUGUGUUGCCGAGCAGGAGGCCCUGAACAAGGCGCCUGAAACGGCGGAGGCGGCGGCCACGGGAACGGAAAAGAAGGCCGCUGGCGUCGAGCGCGAGGGCGGAAACGAAGAGCCCGAGGUCGCCGGAGGAGAGAGCGGCGGUGACAAGAGGAACGGUGACGACGCGAGAAAGGGAAAAGCGCCCGCUGCUGUGCCCAGCAAGCAAGCCGUCGGUGGUGGUGGUGCCGAGGCAAAGCUCGGCGGUGGCGGUGGUGGCAUGAAGAACGCCCGCGUGUCUAUCUCGCGCGUGGCGGUGCCGGCCGCCGUCUCCGCGCGGCGCGGCAGCAGCGGCAGCAGCAGCCUUCGCCCGCCUUCGCCCUCGCGCAGUAACCUACGGCCCCCCUCUCCCGCGCGCAGCAGCGUGCGGCCCCCUUCUCCUGCACGCGGCAGCUUGCGGCCCCCUUCUCCUUCACGCAGCAGCAGCAGCAGCAGCGUGCGGCCGCCUUCCCCCUCGCGGGGCGGCGCCUUGAGGCCGCCGUCUCCUUCCGCCACGCAGCGCCGGCACUCGAUGGCCUUCGGGUCCCGCGUUGACGGUAGCGGUAGCGCUGCUGCUGCUGCGGCGGCGGCGGCGAAGCGGACGGCAGCGGUCGAGGCGGCGAAGGAGAAAGCGGCGGCAAAGGCUAAAGCGGCGCCGGUCGUGGCGGUUCCUGUCAAGAGGGCGUCUUCGCGCGGAAGGGACAGGCUCGGGCGGGAGAGGGCGAGCGUGGGUGGGGUCAGCCGCGGGAGGGAUGCGGGCACCAGCGCCGGGGGCGCUGCUUCUGCGGCGGCCCCAGCAGCCUCAGCAGCAGCACCACCGGCACCGGCAGACGCCGCCCCCGCCCCCGCCCCCGUUGUCGUGGCCGCCGUUGACCCUUCCUCGAGGCUGCUCGCGCCUACCAAGCUGUCGCAGGGCCGCGCCCGGCCCCGCAGCGCCAGCCCAUCGGUGUCUUCGGCUAGGGGGCGAGCCUCGACGGGAGGCUUGGGGGGCCCCGGUGGAUCCGGACCAGGACAUCGGUCUCAAGCGUGUGGCCGAACGACGUGA